UCCUGCACUUCCGCCGCGUCUCCUUAUCGGCCAUUUUUAAUUUAACUCUUUCAUGAAAAGUUAUGUAAACACAAGAAAGCUACUAAAGGUUUUGAUGGUCACCUUCGCCAAAACACCUCAUAUGUAUAAUCACUAAAUGUGGUAAAUAGAUAAAUUAAUCAAAAAAAAAAAAAAAAAAAAAACAAACAGGCGUGGGAAGAGGACGACCCCAGGACUCUGGGCUGCAGUGGGAAUACAGAGAGCAGUCUGCGAUAACAUUAUCAGUCAAAUGGUUGAGCACUGCCGUGUGUGAACGUGUCCUGUCGCAAAAUGCAAGGAAAACCCCCACACAACUUGAAUAGUGUGAUUAAGGAAAACAUGAGGAAAAAGCAGAAUGUGAAAAACAGGAAGGCAGAAGAGACUACGGUUGUGCAGGAGUUUGCUGUGGAAAAAAUCAUUCGUCGAAGAGUCAACGAUGGAAAAGUGGAAUACUAUCUAAAGUGGAAAGGCUUCACAGAUGCUGAAAACACUUGGGAACCAGAGGACAAUCUGGACUGCCCAGAGCUGAUUGAAGAGUUUCUCAGAAACUUGGCUGUCUCAGGCGAGACAGAAAGAAAGGACAAUCUCCCUCUGGAUCCCGUUAUUCAACCCAAAGAAGAACAAACAGAGCUGGAUGCUAACAUACAGCAUCGGCAACAGUCUGAGAAAGAGCAGACAGUGUGUGAGACUGGGGAAUCUACAGAUCACAACACUGAGACCACCAACGACCAAUCUCUUAUCCAAGAACCAGAACGCAUCAUUGGCUCCACCGACCGACAAGGAGAGCUCAUGUUCCUCAUCAAAUGGCAUGACACAGAUGAUGUGGCACUGCUGUCAGCCAGGGAGGCCAGUGUAAGAUGGCCCAAGAUGGUUAUCGGUUUCUAUGAGGAUAAGCUUAGCUACCACGAGGAAGAGGAACAGUGACCGUGACAAUGAACUGAAUAAUACGUCUUGGCAGCUUUUAAAAUUUCCUCUCAAACACGCCAAUGGAAUUUCCUGUAUGUGAAAAGUCUUGUUGUGAAAGUAUGUAAAUCCCAGACACUGUGAAACAUGUCAUAGCACACUGAACUGCACUGUAAGGUGAUAUGUUUUAUCAAGUCAGUCAAAUUAUCUAGGUUAUAGAAAAAAUGGGUGGAUAAUUGGUGCUGUAUUUGAAUUGUAGAGCUGUUUAAAAUAUGUUAUCUAAUUGCAUUACUGUCUUUUGAAUUUGACUUGAAUUGAAAAAGGGGCCACAUCAUAUACUAAUAUGAACUUGUAUAUUAGGAGUAAUCACUGUUACUGUUGGUCUCUGUGUAGCUGUUUUAGCACUUCUACUACUGUGAUUAAGACCAGUGAUCUGUGAAAUUUGUAGUUUUGUUCAUUUGCACAAAGAAAUACAAAUGUAGCAUUUUAAGACCAUGUUUUCUUUAAAAGUACCGAUAGCACAGUGUGAUAUUUUAUUACAUCUCUGCCAGCGCAGUGCAUUGUAUUGCGAAAUGUAGUUUGUCUGUUUCACUUUCAUGGUCUCUUUAUGGUUUGUUAGUGGGUUUUAAUGAGGAGCAAGAAACUCCUGUUGGCUUAAUAAAUGUCAGAUUAACUCGA